AUGGUAAGUGGAACGGGCCCAGCACCGAAUCAGGCCGACACUGUAGCAUUCUGGUGCGGCCUCUUGUCAGAGCCCGUAAACCAAAACGAGGGCCCUUACCCGGGACUCGACGGGCUGCAUCACUACUGGCUGAAGGGGUUCGUGGUGUGUCACACUGUGCUUGCACUUUCAAGAGGAUCUCAACCAGAAGUCGCUCCCGAGCCUCUUCACUACUGGGAUCACCCAUUUGGUUCCUAA